AUGGCAGCCGGUUUCGUCGGCUCAACGAAAAGUUUUCCCUUUUCCUUUGAUGUCGAUGUCGAAGAAGAGGAACCUGGGAGGAUCACACCACAUCUCAGCAAACGUAUAGGUAGUGAGAGUCCAACGAGUGCGGUGGGGGCGGAGUCGCCGCGGGAGCUCCCCAAUGAGCUCUCAGCCCCUUACGAGGUCCCUCAGUUCCCCAUAGAACAGAUAGAGAAGAAGCUCCUCAUACAACGACAGCUAAAUGUCAAGGCAGCAGAAUGUGGUCAGUCAGCGCGCUCGCUGGCCGGAGACGCGGUGCUGGAGGAGGCGGCCAAGCUGCGGGCCACUGACGAUGACUUCGACGUGGUGCUACCACACUUCCAACGAGUGGCCAUCAGUGGGGAAGACACGUCGGGGGUACCGUUAGAGGAUCUCCAGCAGGCGUCCUCGUACCUGGUCCAAGCUCUCGAAAUCCGUAAACGCUACAUGGACAUCUCCCAGCAAAGUUUCUGCAGCAUCACGGCUCGGUUCCUCCGCAGUAUGGACAGCGAGGCCGCCGCCAACCACACGCCCAGUGUGUCCGUGCAGAAACAUAUCGCUGAUCACAUGGUUCACCCCCCAUUUAAAGCUAACAAGGACCCGUGGGAGGGACCCACGCCCGCCGCCAAGGACUACACCAUCAAGGCUGAUGAUGGAGUGUUUAACCUGUACAGGAAGACAGAGGCGGGCGAGGAGCGCGUGCCCUACGAGUACGUCAAGCUGCAGCAGUUCAUACAGGACAAGAACACUAUGUGUACUAUGAUAGCUGACGGACCUCUUAAGUCGUUCUGCUACCGCCGCCUCAGCUACCUGUCGUCCAAGUUCCAGCUGCACGUGUUGCUCAACGAGCUGCGAGAGCUGGCCUCACAGAAAGCAGUACCACACAGAGACUUCUAUAAUAUACGGAAAGUGGACACUCACAUCCACGCUGCCUCCUGUAUGAACCAGAAGCACCUGCUGCGGUUCAUUAAGAAGACGCUCAAGAAACACGCUGAUGAGGUGGUGACGCUUCACAAGGGCUCCCCCAUGACGCUGAAGGCCGUCUUCCAGUCCAUGAACCUCAGCACCUACGACCUCACCGUGGACAUGCUGGACGUACACGCGGACCGCAACACGUUCCACCGGUUCGACAAGUUCAACGCCAAGUACAACCCCAUCGGCGAGUCGAGGCUCAGGGAGGUGUUCCUCAAGACGGACAACUACAUGAACGGGAAGUACUUCGCCAGGAUUAUUAAGGAGGUAGCCUCAGAUCUGGAGGAGAGUAAGUACCAGAACGCCGAGCUUCGUCUGUCCAUCUACGGAAAGAGUCCCGGCGAGUGGGCCAAGCUGGCCAAGUGGGCCAUCCACUACGACGUGCAUUCAGACAACGUGCGCUGGCUCAUACAGAUACCGAGACUAUACGACAUCUUCAAGUCGAACAAGAUAAUGAACAACUUCCAGGAGUUCCUGAGCAACAUCUUCCUGCCGCUGUUCGAGGUGACCCGGGACCCCAACAGCAACAUCGAGCUGCACAAGUUCCUCACUCACGUGGUGGGCUUCGACAGUGUGGAUGACGAGUCCAAGCCCGAAAACCCGAUGUUGGAGGCGGAUGUCCGCGAGCCGCAGGCUUGGACGGAUGACGAAAACCCGCCCUACGCAUACUACCUGUACUACAUGUACGCAAACAUCACUGUGCUCAACCACUUCCGGAAGGAGCAGGGCCUGAACACGUUCGUGCUCCGUCCGCACUGCGGGGAGGCGGGGCCCGUGCAGCACCUGGUGUGCGGCUUCAUGCUGGCAGAGAACAUCUCGCACGGACUGCUGCUGAGGAAGGUGCCGGUGCUGCAGUACCUGUACUACCUGUCGCAGAUCUCCAUCGCCAUGUCUCCUCUCAGUAACAACUCCCUGUUCCUCAACUAUCACCGCAACCCUCUGCCCGAGUUCCUCGCCCGCGGUCUGUGCGUCACGCUCAGUACGGACGACCCGCUGCAGUUCCACUUCACCAAGGAGCCGCUGAUGGAAGAGUACAGUAUCGCGGCCCAGGUGUGGAAGCUGAGCUCCUGUGACAUGUGCGAGCUGGCCAGGAACUCUGUGCUCAUGUCGGGAUUCCCUCAUGAGAUGAAGCAGUACUGGCUGGGUCCCAACUACACCAAGGAGGGAGUGGCCGGAAAUGACAUCACACGCACCAACGUCCCCGACAUACGCAUCUCCUUCCGUUACGAGACACUACUGGACGAACUGACUAACAUGUUCAAGGGUUUAUUGAGCGUCAGUAAUGACAACUCACUCCCAACAAAUAUUACUUGCUUCAAACUCAGAUUCCGUCACAAUCAACAUCAGAACGGUGAUCGUCCACAAACGCCUCCCACACCAGACAUGAAGGUGGUCAGCCUCAAGAGGCCCUCGCUUGUUUAA